AUGCAUCGAUUUAUUCUUCUGAUCUUAUUCGGAUCUGAUUUGGUAUCCAGCAUCAACAAUGAAUUAAGCCUCUUAGAAACGAAUCUCCUUCACCAAUAUCUCAAAACAACGAAUGAUUUGAAUUUAUUCUAUCAACAAUUGAUUCGAUCGAACGAUGUCGAUGAUUCGAGACUUCUACAUACGACAAUCAACGAAAAUGAUAUUCAUAAUCAAAAUAUCGAACAUAAAUGUUUCAAAUCAACGAAUGAUCUUCUCAAAGGUUUUGAUAUUCAAAACAAUACUAAUUUAACUCGUGCUGAUUUUCAACGAUUGUUACCUGUGUUAGCAAAUGUCAAAUUUAAUGAAGGUUGUACCAAAUCACCGGGAUGGACAAAUUGGAAAAACAUUUUAAUUGGCUUUUUGGCCGUCACAUUCAUCAAUUGUUCAGCGUUGGGUGGCGCUGUUAUAUUUCCCUUUCGAAAUAAGCCAGCGUUUAAAUGGAUUCUCAGCGCUUUUAUUGGUUUAGCUGUAGGAACAUUGACAGGAUCUGGUAUAUUCCAUUUGAUACCCAUGGCUUUUAAUAUUCCACAUCUCGACAUAUAUCAUUCCUAUCUCAACAAAUCUCUUCUAACAAUGAUUGUCAUUUAUCUAUUCUAUUUGCGUGACCAAUUAUCAAGAAUAUUUUUCAAUGUUGAAACAAUUAUUUGUACACAUUCUCACAGCGACGAACAACUAUGUGUGCAGGCUAGUCAUUUGAUUGAUUCGGCCUCUUCCACGAGUCAAAGAUCACUUGCUCGAAAGUCCAACUUGUUCACUCGAAAUAAGCAUGUCAAUCACUUAGUACAGAACUUGAAAACAAUGAAAGCUGCUGGAUGGAUGAUAUUUCUUGGCGAUAUGCUGCACAAUUUCAUCGAUGGUUUAACACUAGGUGCUGCUUUCAUGGUAUCGAUUGGCGAAGGUUUACGAAUGUGUUUACCAAUCAUAUGUGAAGAGUUUCCGCAUGAACUUGGUGAUAUCGCUGUUUUACUUAGUAGUGGUCUCAACAUUGGACAAGCGUUAAUUGUCAAUUUCUUAGCAGCUUGCAGCUGUUAUUUAGGAUUUUUUAUUGGAGCAAAAUUAGGAGAAUUGGAAGAAUUUCAUUCAUGGAUUUAUGCAUUAGCUGGAGGAAUGUUUGUUUAUAUUGGACUUGCAGAUAUGAUUCCUGAGCUUGUUGCGAUGGGCGAUGAAAUCGAAAAAGAUCACCUACAAUCGAAACAACAAAUAACAAUUGUUUUUAAGCUGAAAAUUCUGUUUUGUCAAAAUAGUGGCGUCAUUUUAGGCGUUAUUAUCAUGUUCUUCUUAGGGAAAUAUGGAACAUAUCUAGAGAAUUUCAUAGAAUUAUAA